UUACCUUUACGAAAAGUGCGUCUGGCGUGAAGUGUUUGGUUUUCAGCAAAUUAAGGAUUUAAGUAGGCAAGCCUGGAAAUAACUUUAAUUAUAUUACUGACAUAUCAUCACUAGUUUUCAUACUUUACAAGUGUUCGUUUAUGUUUCUAUACAAGUGAAAUUAUUUUCAACAGAAUUUAAAUUGUUAUAUUUCGCGCUUUUCGGUAAAACCAUUUAUCGGCGAACAGAAGAUUUGCUUUUGACGGCAGGCAGAAGAUUUGCGUUUGACGGCAGGCAGAAGAAGUUGAUUUUAUUCAGUGAAAAAUGGAUUGUAAUCCAAGGUUGCAGGUUGGCCAGCAAUUAUUCGAAUUUUUUACCAAGCCGGAAAAGCCGGAUGAGUCUGGUGGCGAUGUAGCAGCUCCGUUGCUCUUGAAGAAAUUCGGCAAGUUGAUCCGUUACAACAACGAUGAUCUGACCGAGCAGGGUGACUUGACUUUGGCGGCCAUCCCGCGUUACUGGCAAAAAUAUUUAAAAAGCCAGGGUCUGAAGCUGCGCAUCGAUGGCGACGAACUGCUCCCCAGCCCGGUGGACCGCCUGGAGUUGAUGGAGCAUUCACGCAAGUGGCGUUUCCCGCUCGCCGAAAUCACUGUGCUGAACAAGGAACGCUACUCUCUGCGUUUCCAGCGCCAUCCGAUUAUUGCACAUGUGCUUAACUCUGUGCUCACGCUGCGCGGCGAUUACGGCCGUUCGGCAAAUAACAACCAAUCGCGCACCAUAUGCUUGCAGUUGCAAGCCGUUGUCGGAGCCGUCGAUGGCGGGCAGGACUUGCGCCACUAUCGCUUGCAGCAGCUAUACAAGAUACUGCUGCGCCUGGUUGACUACUCGUCUUGGCGCCUCGUGGAGCCGAAUGACCGCCAGAAGGACACCAUCUGUGUGACUGUCGAGCUGGAGAAAUGCUGCAACGGCAAGCAGCCCGUGGAACAUGUGUGCCUCACAUGCGGUCCUGUUUUGGAGCCGAUAAAUAAGGGCGCCAGCUCAUUGACUGUUGACGAGUACUUAAAGCUGCGCUGCCAGCACAUGGAGCUGAUGGCCACGCAGCGCUCCGGAAUGUGUCCGGUACCAAUGAGUAGCCUUGAUACGCUGACGAAGCGUCUUGCGGCCGCUGCCGUGAUUGUGGAUCUCUUUGUGGUGCGCCACUCCAGCGCCGUGAGUGUGGUGCGCAAUGGAGUUGGCAUUUGCAAGGGCGCUUCUUACAUCUUGUACAAUUCAGCACGUCUGGAGGCGCUGCUGCGCAAAUUUAAUUAUGAGGUUAACAAUUGUGCCUAUGAGAAACUGCCACUGCUGGAUGAGAUCGAUCUCAGCGUUCUAGAGGAUGAUGUUGACUGGGAGUUGAUUUAUGGCUACCUCCUUACCUUUCCGGAGCUAAUGGAGUCCAUAAUGGAUCAAUUGGACCAGGGUCAUUGCGGUCUCCAUCUGCUUGUGCACUAUGUUGAGAACCUGGCUGCCGCCUUCAGUCGCUUCUAUUAUCAUAAGAAGGUCCUUCUUCAGAAGCGCGAUGAACUAAUGCCGAUCUUGUACGCCAGGAUCUACCUGAUCAAGGCGGUGAGACAGGUCCUGAAUACGGCUCUGGCCGUCCUGGGCAUAGAACCGGUGGACUACGUAUAAAGAUAUGUUGAGCAUAUCUUCUAUAAACAAAAAACAAAAAAAAAAAACACAAAAACAAGAGGCUAAUGCGAAACCAUAGCAAAACUAAAUGCUGGCUCAACAGUGGGCGGUAAUAAUAUAUGUAAUAAUAUAAUGACAUGUGAUCUUAAAAGGGCCAUACAAUAUUGAUAUAACAUAGUUACACCUCUCAUUUUAUCGAUAAUAAUCAAAAUAUAGCAGUAUCUACUUGUAAACAAAAUAAAACGUUGAAACGUUGAAU